UCUUAACAAAAUUGGACUGAUACGAAUGAUUGAAGAUUAAAGAUGAGUGGAUAUAAUUCUUUAGCAGGUUGUCACAAUCGAAGUGAAAAAUAUAGCUUAAGACCACGCAUUGGAGAUCGUACAAAAUUGAAAAUUGAACCAGAUAAAGGGAAGUGCGUUUUGGCUGGUACAAAUAACUCCUCCAGUUUCCAAACUAGUAAAAUGAACAUCAAAGAUAAUGCUAAACAAAAACCAGCAUUGUUGAGUAAGUACAGAAGAAAAACAGCAAACGCUAGAGAACGUUCAAGAAUGCGUGAAAUCAAUUUGGCGUUUGAAACAUUAAGGAAGGCCGUACCGUCUUACAUGCCUCAAUUAUUUUGUCCAGGUGACGGAUCCAAUGAAAAGUUGACAAAAAUUACGACGCUCCGUCUAGCUAUGAAGUACAUAACAAGGCUUACUGAAUUAUUACAUAAUGAUGAAUCCUACAUCACGGACGAAUGUGCUGAACUUAUGGAGCAGCAUCCCAUCAUUUUUCGUGAGACUGACACAUGCACACUCACUGCAUUGAAUUAUACAUCUACCUAUGACGUUCUUAACUCGCGUAAAUAUCUCAAUGAUGGUGGUAGUGACGGAGAAAGUUUACAUUCAGGAUCAGCGACAAUAGACAACAUAUUUGAGAGCUUUACCGAAACUUUGGUGCCGGAUGUGAAUUUUGACUUUACAGAAAGUUUUUUCAAUCCAGAGCUGGGUUAGGUCAUUAAAAACUUCAGUAAUUGUAUACACGAAAAUGAAAAUACAACGCAAACGAGUAAAAGAUAUAUUCAGCACACGAUAUGAUAUAUAUUAUCAACUUACAAUUAAUGAAGGAAAAAUCUGCGUAUUUGAGAGUGAUAAGUAAAAUACUUGAACUUGAACCAGUUGUGCAAUUAGGGAGAUACUUUAUGUUGAUGGAAUUAUUUGUAUGAUACGAAUCAGCUCACACUGAUGUCCAAGUAUAACAUAAUUAUAUAUCAUGCAUAAUAUUGCUCCAAGACUAACAAAAUC